UUUUCGCUGUUGUUGACGGAGGCGGGGGUGUUGCCGAGGCGUCUGCAUCUGGUGAUGUUGCAGUGGUUGCUGUGAGGCAGCUGUGUUAUGUAAGCGACUCUCUCAUUUUCUCUAUCGUUUUUUGUGACGAAGUAUGUAUGUGUUAGGUUGACGCUUUUGCUGAACAAGUGGUGUCUAGGGCGCUAGUGGACCUCGCGACCUCACAGCUGUGCUCUGAUAAGAAACGACUGGAGUACAAGGUUGAGCGUCUCCGAACGCAAAAUACAGAAGCUAUCAGAGAUAAGUUUGUUGUCGAGAACAAGAGUUGCAAUCUUUUGGACAAGGUUGGCGCUCUUAAGAAGUAGGACGAGGGGCUCAACCGUCAGCUGGGUGAGCUGAAGGAUGUCGUGGCCAAGUCGCAGAUGGAGGCCCAGGCCGCCCGAGAGUGCGCUGCCGCGUUGGAGCUAGAGGUAAAGAACGAGAGGGCCUAUAAUGAUAAGGUGGAGGUUGUCACGUAGCCUGACGUGGCCCAGGCACAUAUGCUUUUUGUUGACGCCCAUCAUGAUUUGGGUGCUGAGAUAGCCCCCUUCGAUAGAUUUGGGGAGGUGGGGACUCGCUUCCUCAAUUGGCUGUAGGAAGAGCUGGAGUCCCUCUCGUUCAUCGUGACGGGCCUGAUGUUCUACGCCUUUCUCGUCACCUGCGAAGCUGCCAAUGCCUUGUCCCGCAAAGGCUGCCGACACUUCGAAGCUUUUGACCAGGGCAAUGAGAACUUCGAUCGGGAGGUGUUCCAGGCGUUUAGGGACAAAGAGAUUUUGGAGCUCGCUGGCUUGGAGGGCUCCCUGGCCAUUCUAGACGACGACGUCGCUGAGAGGGGGGUGGAGGUGCAAUCGUCCCGUGCGGUGGAUGGCCAUGCCGAUCCUAGUGCGGCGGGGACUUCACGCCAUUCUGCUAAUGAGCAGGUUCCUAUGACUGACUGGGGCUGUCGAAUGCAUUACACCAUUGACUCACCAGAUUCCGUCUGUGAACAGCGGCGAGGACUCUGGUUUUGGCUCGUGGUCGUCGGAUAGCGAGGGGUGUUUGAGUCCCUUCACGAAGAUGGACAAAGAGUCCUCCGAGGAGGACUUAGAUUUUCUUGUUGCGUUGUAUGUUGUGUCUGCGGUAGAAGUUGAAGCAAAUGAGGGGCCCUCGACUAGGGCCUCGAUACCCAUGAUAAAGGGAAAAAGGAGCCGAGUUGUUUUUUCAAA